GAGUUGGGCAGAGCGCAGCGCGCAGCGGAGCUCCGGACGCACCUGCGUGGACAGAGAGCGGAGUGACCAUCAGUGAGCAGGAAACAGCCUUUCACCUGCUUCGAACUACACACACUCCUCUGCAAACAUCUGUGGUCUCUUGCAGAGAGGACCAUUCUGACGACGACUUUACUGCUGAGGAGUAACACGUCUACCUCUUUGGCGUGCGCCAUGGACCACUGCAUUGUUUUAGCGCUUUGCACGCGUCUAACCGGCUUCAUGGUUUAAACCACCUACAGCCUAUUGAAAACUCCGCGCCACAUGUGAGGGGCUGCAAAUCGAGUUCAGAGUUAAUUUGUUCGACGAUGUCCCAGAGCAUCUGCGCGGAAAACUUGAAGGCAUGCUGCAUAUUCACAGUUGUGACCGUGCGAGCGAGCUGAAACAGAUGGACACAACAACACACUGGAGUCGUGCUGUGUUGCUGAAUGGGUGACGAGCUACCAGUCACCUCACCAACCCUGUGAAGCUCCCUUCCAUCGCACCGUGCAGGACAGGGUCCCCCCAACAGAGUAGCAGGAAUGUACCAGGAAGUGGCAUUCCUCGCUGGCAGCACUGAGCACCAGUUCACCCCCUAUCACUUCAACCCUGUGGAGAACCCAAAGGAGGUCACCUCCAAGAAGGGUUUAUUCUACAAACGAGCUCAGCUACUACUUCAACCCCAGCCUCGCAAGCAGGAUGGAGAUGAGGUCGGCCUGGCUGACGGCGCAGCCAUUAUCAACGUGGGGGGCAUCAAGUACCGCAUUCCCUGGUCAACACUGGAGGAGUUCCCCCUGACACGACUGGGCAAGCUGCGCGGCUGUAGCAGUGAGGCCGAGAUCAUGGAUUUGUGCGACGACUACGACGACAGCCGAAAUGAGUAUUUCUUUGACCGCAGCCCGACUGCUUUCCGCACCAUAGUCUCUUUCUUAGCAGCGGGUAAGCUACGGCUGCUGAGGGAGAUGUGUGCCCUGUCCUUUCAGGAGGAGCUGCUGUAUUGGGGCGUGGAGGAGAACAACCUGGACUGGUGCUGCCUCAGAAAACUGCGGCUCAGGCAGGAGGAAUACAAGGAGCUGCAGAGGCUAGAGGAGGAGGAGGCCGAGCUGACCUCGCCCCAGUCCUGCGAUGAGAGCCAGCAGCUUCCUGGAGUGGUGAUGCAGGAAGAGACCCGUACAGGAGGCUGCAUGCGAAGACUGCGGGACAUGGUGGAGAACCCCCACUCUGGCCUGCCAGGGAAGAUCUUUGCCUGUUUGUCAGUGAUAUUUGUAGCCAUUACUGCUGUGACGCUGUGUGUCAGCACCAUGCCAGAUCUCAGAGAGGAGGAGGAGAGGGGUGAGUGCUCCCAGAGGUGCUAUAACAUCUUUGUGCUGGAGACGGUGUGUGUUGCCUGGUUUUCGCUGGAGUUCAUGCUGCGCUUCAUUCAGACGCAGAGCAAGUGUAUGUUCUUGCGUACGCCUCUAAACGUCAUCGACGUGGUGGCCAUCCUUCCCUACUACAUCACUCUCAUCGUGGACUCUAUGUCAGUGGGAGGCAAACCAACAGGCUCAGGGAACAACUACCUGGAGAAGGUGGGGUUAGUCCUACGAGUCCUGCGGGCCCUAAGGAUCUUUUACGUAAUGAGGUUGGCUCGUCAUUCUUUAGGCCUGCAGACGCUCGGCUUGACAGUGAGGAGGUGUACGCGCGAGUUUGGCCUGUUGCUGCUGUUCCUUUGUGUGGCCAUGGCUCUUUUCUCCCCACUGGUGUUUCUAGCUGAGAGUGAGCUGGGUGCCAAGCAGGAGUUCACAAGUAUCCCUGGUAGCUACUGGUGGGCCGUUAUCUCCAUGACGACAGUGGGAUAUGGAGAUAUGGUGCCUAGAAGCAUCCCCGGCCAGGUGGUGGCACUCAGCAGCAUCCUGAGCGGCAUUCUCCUCAUGGCCUUCCCCGUCACCUCCAUCUUUCACACAUUCUCCCGCUCUUAUUUGGAGCUGAAGGAGGAACAGAACCGGGCACUGAGGCAGAAGCUGGACUCGCAGGACAGCACCAAGUCCCAGAACAGCGAAGACUCUCAGGAGACGGACAGCUACCAUGGCAUCACGGAGGCCACAGCCUCAAACUUGCAGAGGAGGAAGGCCAUGGCGGCGCAGAGGGCUGCUGAAAUCAGGGCGUCCACGCGAACAUAGCUGAUCUGUCUGCCUUCGUCAAGCAACAGCCUGGGAGGCUGUGACACUGAGCGCCAGGACUUCAAAGUUGACAAGCUUCAGGAUUGUGAGCAGGGAGGAGAUUUUCCUCUUCGGAGCUUGACUCCGCUGCUUUGAUCAUGUAAAGCGACUGUGCACCAGAGUGUGUCUGAAUUUGUUUAGUUUAACAGAGGAGUUGCAGGGGUCUUUUUAUUCCUCCACAUAUUUGACUUGAAAACACAAGUUACUGUAAACUGUUUGUAAUUAAACAAAUGAGAUUGAAAAAGUAACUUAUACAGUACUCUCAUUGACUGGGGUUCAGAGUUGAGAAUGCUUACAUGCAAAGUGCGUGCAAAGGAUAACUUAUACAAACACAGUGUUAUUUAGUCUCAGACUAAAUUCAUUUUUCCUAUGUAGCUACAUUUUAGAGGAUUGUCUGUUAAGAGCUAAAAUGCCAGACAUGUAUUGUUAUUUAUCAGAUGCAGCAUCAUCUCCAUUUGCUUAAAUGUAUUUUACCCUAGGAUGAUCAAGGGAAGAUACAUUUUUAAAGAUUUCGCUAUCUGCUAAGAAAAGGCAUCUCUUUUGCAGAAUUUACUUGUAAAGCUUUUUACUUAACGCUUACACAAUGGGUCUUAUGCAUUAAUGUUUUUUUUUUUUUAUAGUUUUGUCCUGUUUUGCUCAAAGCAAUAAAAAUGAAAAUCAAAUAAAAAUAAUCUCACAGGGGAUUCAUGAAACACGAGCUGACAGCCAAGUCUGUUCUUACCAACCAUGGUAUGUUGACGAAUAGGGGUUAACCUUUAAUUGGGUGGGGGAAAUUUGCAUCGUGAAAUAAUCCCAAUAAACCAAUUUAAAGGCAACACACUGAAUUUCAAUGUUCAAUCCACAAACCAACGAGUCCCCCCAUCAGGCAGUUAAUCUUAGACAUUGGCCGUAAUUAUAAAGAUAUUACACUUCACCACUGAGCAACGGUGGGUUAAUUAAAAUGUGCAAAUGCUGAAAGGUAAUUAUGCACACUUGUGAAAAUGUUUGAAUUUUAACACUAUGAAUAAGCUGCCAACUUCCAGCAGCACCUUAAUAAAAAUUCAGCGAUUUUGUUUAUCACAUAUUAUUUGAUGUUGAUAGAAGAUUUUUUAUUCUGUUGGUUAAGGGAGUCACACAUUGGGCCUUUUGUUCCAAUAACAGUACAAUAAAUACUGGAUUAUAAUCCUGUCGUAACAUUAAAUCCCCUUUUUAUCUUGGUCUGCUGAGCAGCUGAGGAAAUUAAAUGUAGUUUAGUGUCAAGUCUCUCUCUGGAAGGUCCAGUGUUGAUGUUGAUUAUUGCCACAAGGGUCUUAAAAGACCAAUAUGUAAGAUAUCUACUGAAUUAAAUCAUAAAAUUACCAUAUCAUCAGACAUUAAGGAAAUAUGAUAUGUUGA